AUGCCCUCAACACUGCACGCGGCGUCAGGACAAAUUUCCAGCUACAUAUUUACGCAGAUCGUCACAAGAAGCUGGUCGGGUGGAAUUCAGGUGUCACUGGCUUUUAAUGAAAUAACAAGGUCGAAAAUGUUGGUGAAAUGGUGGAGGAUCAGCGUAACAUUUAUUAUAGUCCUCAUGUUAAUGCACAUCGCCCACAGCAGCGUCAGUCGCUUGAGGAUAGAACUGGAUGCCUUGUUGGAGAAAAAGGAUUUUGUUGAGUAUUUGGACGACUGUGACCUGUUAGAUGAAAUACUGUCUUUCCUUCAACCAAGUUCGUAUGACUGUUUUCCACAGCUUCGUCAUGUGGACGUCAACGAUAAUACCUACUUGCGAAUGAAUGUACUGUUCCCCGAAGCCGCAUUUCAAGCACCAGGAAUAAAUGUGAACUCGGAUUUGGAGUUUACAGGAAUGCUGAAGAACAAGUGUUCUGAAAACCACUAUGUGCUUUACUCAUUUGGAAGGGGCGCAGUCUAUGGUAACUAA